AUGAAUAAGUCCUUGUUUUUAAAUAAUUUUAUCAAUAAGCAACAAAUUUGUGAAUACUUUGGAAAUGUGUUAUAUAUACUUUAUUAUAGGUGUUAUUAGCAACUGAUUAUUCAGGUCAGAUUGUAUUAAUAUUAUGCAAUGGAGAAAUAAUAACCUUUUAAUUGAUUUAAUAGAAAUAAUGGUUGAAGACAUCAUAAUUGAGAGUGAUUCCUUAAACAGAAAUAAUAUAACUAAAUGAUUACAAUUUAUAAUUAAAUGGAAAUGGACGUAAGUUCUUCCUUUUGCAAGUUGAUGAGCGAUACGAGUUCAAAGUAUCAAUUUGGAAAAGAGGUCACAAAGCCAACUGGAUAUUCCAACAAAGUUUAAAACUCUAUUCACAUAGUGAUUUCUUGUCAAUUAAUUUAAAUGGAAAUAUUCUUAUGGUUAAUCAUCUUAAAAUGAUUAUACUUUGGGAGUUCAAUCAAACAUAAACAAAACUCACUCGAGUAUAAUCUUUAUCUUUAGAAUCUAAUUUAGCUUGCUUUAAUGAGAAUUAUAAUGUAAUUGCUGCUAAAUUAUAAUAUCGUAUAGUAUUACUAAAAAGAGUCAAUUAGAUGUGGGUUAAGUAUUAGAAUAUAAAGACUGAAUAGGUUGUAUUUAUGCAAUUCUUCAAGAAUAGAUUAAUAUUAAUGACUAAGUAUUUAUAUAUGUACAAGAUGGAUGAAUAGUUUCAGUUCUAAUUAGAAAAAAAGAUACAAUCAAACUUUUUUUAGAAUGAACCAUAGUUCUGUUUAUUUAUGGGAUCUAUUGUUAUAGCUUAAUUGCCUUCUUUAGAAUUAGAGUGUCAUAAAUAUGAAAAUAAUGUUUGGUCACAGGAUGAAGGAUAUUUUACUGGAAAAUUUGAGGCACAUCAAAUAUUAUAAUCUAAAGACUAUAAGAAAUUAUUUAUUUAUAGAAAGAGAUAUGGUGGAAUGGUUUUCGAGAAGAAAAAGGAAAUUAAUGAGAAAAUUUAAUAAUGA